AUGAAGAACCAAGGACGAGGCAAGCUUAGACGUCGCGGUGCUCCGAGACUAGCCGCUCCAAACAUAUCUCAGAGACCAGGAGGAUCCACACCGUCGAGAACUCCCACCCCUCUACCAAGCCAAUACUACUUCACGCCAUCGUCCCAACCUCUGGUAACCGAGAUGCCCCAACCUCAAGUCCCCAUCUACUCACCUCAGCCACAUUUCUGA